GUACCUGAAGGCCGCAUGCGCCCCCUGCUGGACACGGCGCCCGGUUGUCAAGGAGCUGCGUCCUCGGUUGCUAUCAUGGAGAGACUGUACACAGAGACGGAAACAGCCAGGGAAGGGACACUUCAUCCGGAUUAUUUGUCUUAUUUAUCUUCCUCCUGGAUCAGCAGCUGCGAUGUGGAUUCUCACGUUUUCUCUGUAUCUUCGCCCUGAAAAUGGUUGAAGGACGAAUCUUGUCUGGGGGGAGCUGAAAGUGAAAGUGAACGUGUGACCAGCAGCCCCGGAGGAUGCAGACUCUGCAAGACAACUUCUUCUACCACUCAAAUGCAAGGUUGGGAGCUGAUGGAGGCCUUCAAGAGGAGAGAGAACUUUUGGUGGAAGAGCAGAAGUUAUGCAGAGCCAGAGCUCGCAAGUUCUCCCUGGAAACCAACCGACGCAGGAAGGCUCUGGAGGAAAGACGGAAACAGUGGGACGUGCAGGAGCAACGGCUGAGACAGAACGUCCUACAGCAACGCAGACAGCGAGUACAGGAUGCGACCGAACGCUUCCAAAGAGCCCAUUUACCUCCUUCUCAGAGAUACAGACAACCUUUUAGAAGAAAUGUCCCAAAUAUUGAAGAUGCACUCUCUCAAAUUCAAGACACCUUGAGUUCGUACAGCCGGCAGUCCUCUUUCUUGUCCAGCAACUCUAACCUAAGCAGAAGCUGCACUCCAUCUCCAAAGCCUCCCACAGUUUCUAAAUCCUCCCACCACCAAGUGCUCUCUGCUGUGGAGGCCUACACUAAACUGCUUCAGGAGCAGAGCAUGACUUCCCUCAGGAACAGUCAGCAAACUGAAAAGACACAAGAGAAGCAGCAGGAUCACAGUCCACAGACCAACCAACUGUCUGACUGCCGUAAUUCUGAAAGCCUUUCGAGUAAGGACAGUUUGGACGAUGAGGACCCCGACCACAACACAAAGAAUCGACAGUGUUCUUAUUCGUCCUUCUUUCGUGACUCAGAGAAGUCCCAUCCAGACCUGAGAAAGCUACAUUAUUUGUAUCCGACAUCAGAUCUAACGUCUUUCUCAGCGAUGAUGCGUCUUGGUGACAACUUAUCCCAGUCAAGAAAACUGCAUGAACCUAAGCAGGAAAAACAAGAUGACUCCGAAGGGCCCAACAAUGAGACGCACGCUUCUAAAACUUCUUGGGGGUUCACAUCUGUUGAGCAAACGCCUCAAACAGAGACCCAGCCCGCUCUACACAACUGCAACUUAUUAACUCUUUGUGAAAUUAUUAGUGGAGACCCGGAGCACUUUGAGGUAAACUCUCCACAAAAUAGUCCCAAUGACAACACCAUCAUUAAAAAUGGAGUUUCUCCCAGCAACACAGCACUACAGCCUUCAUGUCCUAAACAAGAGGCUCUGUUGGAUCUCAGGCAGCAGAGGGUCUACGAUGACAAACAAUUAAAACAUCCCUCAGCUACAGAAAUCCUUUUGCAUGCCAAAAAUGGCAACAGCAAAGACGUUUUGUAUGGGGCUCCCCCAAAGCCAAAUAUUGUGUUGAACGAUAGCACGACAGAUAAUGCCUCACAAGAAGGAACCCUUCAGCAAACAGGAAAAGAAAUCCACUCUCUGUCAUCCCAGAAAGAGCCCAGUGCUUCCAUAAACAACCUCAAUAAGGUUUUCAACUCGGAGACCAAAACUGAGAAGCCCAUAAAUACAGCGUUGCUGCAACACGCAUGCUUGUCAAACAUUCACUCAGACGCUUUUAAGUGCCUUAAGUGCCCCGAGGAGGAAGUGCAAAAAUUGCCUGUUUCAGUGGGGGCAUCCCAUUCAGUAUGUGAAGUCAGGUUCAUUAAAGGAAUUCUUAAGAAACAGUCCAAAUAUAUGGCAGGCGAUACCACGCGUCUGUACGGCUCAGGACAUUUGAUUUUUGCGAAACAAGUCGCCUUAGCGAUCAGAGAUAGUGUUGAACUGACCAGGGCGAAAACCAAAGAUGUGGAGGUCAACACAGUCAAAAAGAAGCUGCGCUGGUUCGAUGAGGUGCAUGUGGAAAAAGAGGACAAGAAACAGGACAUAAUGAAACAGAUGAAAAGCAAGGCGUUCAGUCUUUGUCAGUCAAAUAAUAACUUGGAGGACCACCAGCUAAGUCUCACUACAGUCUCGGGGGCUUCCAAGCCUGGACCCAGCAUGACCCCCACAGCCUCCACUGGUUAUCACUUUACAAAGCAAGCGUGGGCAGAUGUUGGGGUUCAAGUCGCCUUGCCCCAGGAACAAGCAGACGAGGUCAAGGUGCCGUGCAGCAGCACCAGGACCGGCGGCCCCAAGGUCCCUCGGAGAGAGCGCUCUACCAGAGCUGGAGCGGGUACUGUUUCCUCUCGGGCUAGAAAGGGCACUGUCAUACGACCUCAAUCUGCCACCGAGGUGAGUCAGAUUGCCAAAACCCAAGGGAAGAUCAUAGUGCCCCACCCACCUCCAAGGAUGGAGUCAGUGGAAGAGAAGACGCCGGACAACGCUAAGACUCCAUAUGGCAUGGAUCACGCAAGUGUCAUCUGUAAACAAGCUCCGGCUGCAGAGCAGGCCCUGCACAUGAACAACUCAGAAGGCUUUCUCUCACCUUACACACAUCAUGUAAUCAGAACAGAUAGUACUGUUAUGUAUACACCACUGCCACCCUCGUAUACCUGCCCUGUCUCAGAGGGGAACACGAAGGGCACGCCCAGCUCGGGUCAUCAGGAAACUCAGGGCUGCAGUCAGAGAAGAGGGAUGGUGUACAGAGAAAAGGGCCUCUGUUUAGAUUGCACUCCCACAGAUGAAGAGAUCUCACAGCUCUGGCAUGGUGUCCGCAGUGCUCUGGCCACCAAGGACGAAAAAAACAAGCUCAAAAGGCAGGCCUUGGAGAGUGGGCGAGGUGUGAGGAAACCCUGUGUGGAGCAGAGCAAACAGUCUCCUGGCUCAGGGAACAGAAGGGUUCCUCAGCCCUCUCAGCCAACAAAACAAACUGCAGAGGCCUUCAGACCGUUUUCCAGUCCCUAUGAAAUGGCCUUUCCAGGUGGAGGUUUUGAGAGUGCAGCCCAGUUACACCUGGCUGAAGGACACGCUGAAGGCCUACUGGAAGAAAGGGAUAUUGUGGCUGUCAUGGAGACAGUCCAAACACAGAGGUCUGGGUCGGUGCAGCGGCGGAGCCAGCAGCAGGGACUCACCACCAUUUCCUUGGAAGAGCAGAAAAUCCUCCUCUCUCUGGACAGACUCAACCACCAACUGUUCUGUGUGCAGGAACAUAUGGGGGGUAGUGCUGGCACACGUGGCCUCGUACUUGUGGAUGGACCCUCUACAAGGGAAGCGAAAGUAACAAGCCAACACAAGAACCGUGCAUCCUCAGCUAACAACCACUCUCGAUACCAGAGGAAAUUCUGACUUAAAGCAUGUGUGGUCUCCACCGUGGUCUUCUCUCCCAUCAGUGCAUUAAAGCUGUCAUGCUGAAUAACCAUUAUUAGUAUUUAAUAAAAUGAGUUUUAUCUCCUUUUAAAACUAAAUAUGCCCACUGGAGUAACUUUAAGAUCUACAGGCAAGAAAACAGAUCAGCAAAAAUGAGACCAAACUGAAUCUUUAAGGGUUGAAAUUAGUUUUUGUAUUUUUGCCAUUUCAUUUCGUUUC